ACAUUAUGGGGUAUUGUGAUGUCAUUAUGGGGUAUUGUGAUCUCAUUAUGGGGUAUUGUGAUGUUGUGAGGCUGGCUCUAGCAGGCUCUAUUGUGAGGCUGUAACGUAACAAAAUGUAGAACAAGUCAGAGGGGGUCUGAAUACUUUUUGAAGGCACUGUACAUGUGUAACAUUCAUUUAUUGUCCCCCUGCUGAGUAGAUGUGGAGGUGUGUAAUGUUUGUUACUUCCUUCCUGUAGAGAGGAUGACGAGGGGUGUAACAUUUAUUAUGGUCCCCCUGCUGAGUAGAUGUGGAGGCGUGUAAUGUUUGUUACUUCCUUCCUGGAGAGAGGAUGACGAGGGGUGUAACAUUUAUUAUGGUCCCCCUGCUGAGUAGAUGAGGUGUUUAACAUGUAUUAUCCCCCUGCAGAGAGGAUUGGUGUUCCCAACGUGAUGUUCCUGUACGCCACCACAAGCUUCAUCCUGCUGGUCUUCGUCAUCCUCUUCAUCCCAGAGACUCAGGGACGCACACUGGAACAGAUCUCUAAGGAACUGGCCAAGAAAAAACAGCUGAAGGUGAGGUUUUGGCGUCGAGUGCAACCCCAGGAGACUCUGUUCACCAUUCACAGGACCCCUGAACUCUCAACUCUGACCCCUCACCCUCUCACCUAGCUGUCCACAGCAGAGGGACGAAGGAGGAGAGAGGAAAUGCGAGAAAUGGAGAGGAGGGAGGCCGAGAAAGGAGGAGGAGAGAGAUAAAAUAGGGACGAUAGAAGGAAAACAACCAUAUGACUAUGAGAUCACUUUCUUGCUCCCUUCCUCCUUCCCUCCCCCCCAUUGAGAGAGCAACCCUGAGGCUCAGAUGGAACUCUUGCUCUCUGACCUCUGACCUGUCUGUCUGUCCUCUGGAUUGCUAACCUGUUUGUAGCACUUUCUACUGUUUUCAAACAGAAUACACAGGAUUUUACCUUGGGGGAAAAAAUAAGCAAUUUUCUGUAUGACCCCGAAUUUAUUCAAACAGGGACUGUUUCAAGUUAGGGAGGUGUUAAACAGUAGACGUUUUAAUGAAUUUACCCUGGAAAAAAACACACCUCCGUUCAUACCAAUUGGAUAUUGGGACACAUGUUCUCGAGCUGGGUCAAAAUGUAUCAAGUUAUAUACCAUGUAUUUGACCCACUAACCCUUUUACAUACCUUUACAAAGAAGAAGGUAACAAAAUGUUUAAAAAAUAAGACGUUUUGUUUUGUCUCUGUGUAAAUGAGGUUUAAGGUACUGGUAUUCAGUGCCCUUGACUUUUUCCACAUUUUGUUAGGUUACAGCCUUAUUCUGAAAUGGAUUAAAUCCUUUUCCCCCCCCCUCAUUAAUCUAUUCACAA